UCUUCCGCGGCGGGAAAGUUUUGAGCCGAAGCCGGGCCUGUGUUGGUUUGGUAGAUUCAAACGGUGUUAGGUUCGCUGCUGGGAUGAUCCUUAGUAAGGCGGAGUAUGCUGAGAUAGCCAAGUAUCUGGAACGGCUGCGGCCCAACAGGCAGAGCUUGAAAAUGUUGACGAAACAGUUCCCCAGUCAAUCGCAGUCCACUCUGCUGAGCAUCUUCUCCCUGGAGUAUCAGAAACGAAUGAAAAGGACACAUGCGAAACAUCACACGGCUGAGGCUUGUGAAACUUAUUACCAAAGGUACCUGAGUGGUGUGAAGAACAAUGCAGCUGCCCCUGUUCUCUUCGAGCUGGCCAAUGAGAUGGAUCUGGCUCCUUCACUGAUGGCAAGAAUUGUACUUGAAAAAUACUUGCAGAAUCAUGACCUGACCACACCAGCGACCUGGCUGGCCUUUGGCAAUGAAAUUCAAUGCACAUGGCUCCGCAGUCAAAUCAUCAAAUUUCCCUCAACCAAGCCUGUCAUAAAUGGCAUGUUAAGGGACCCAUCUCAGAUUCCUGACAGGGUUCUAGCUAAUCAAGUUUAUCAGUGCACAGUGAACGACUGCUGUUAUGGACCAUUGGUAGACUGCAUCAAACACGCCAUUGGACAAGAAUAUGAAAUUCUGCUUCGUGAAAAGCUACAAAGGAAAAAACUAUCAUUUUUAGAUGAAGAUCAACUGCGCACCAAAGGCUAUGACAAAACACCUGACAUUAUUUUGGAGGUACCAGUUGCUGUUGAAGGUCAUGUGAUCCAUUGGAUUGAAAGCAAGGCCUCGUUUGGCGAUGAAUGUAGUCACCAAUCAUACUUGCAGGACCAAUUCUGGAGCUACUGGAACAGAUUUGGACCCGGAUUAGUGAUCUACUGGUGUGGAUUUGUUGAGGGUUUGGAUUGUCAUCGUGAACGUGGAAUACUAUUAAAAGAUUGCUUCCCUGAAGACAUUAUAACCUACCACCACACAACAGCCAGCAUUGACAGUGGAAAGAGGUGAAUCCGGAAGCAAUUUUGCCUUCCUGCAGUGCUAACUGCUGGCAACAUUUCUCCUGAACUUUAGUUGAACUUCUGCUGCCCUAGGUCACCAUAAUACCUCUUUAGAAAAACACAUUCAGUGUUUCUGCUUUACUUCACCAACACACUCUGUGAGCAGCCAAGAACUACAAACACGUACCUCUCAUUAUCAGCAUCCCUGUCUGUGUCAAGACUUGUAGAUAGUUUAAUCUUUCUAACAUCCGAACUCUAGUUCUGGAGAAGGGAAGAAUUCUGGUGCUGGAAAUCUAAUUCAAAAUUUUGGACUUGGCAGAAGAAAAAAAAAUCAUCUAUCUUAAACUUUCAGCAAUUAAUAAUAAAUGACAUUUUGCUGUAUUUUAAUGCAUUACUUCUGCAGAAGAAUAUCAUUUCUGGUAUUUGCUAGUUUGAGCUCUGUCUUGGAAAAGAUUACCAGGCAAUCAGCAAAAAUAGAUCCAAUUACGUGCUCAGGGCCUCCGUGAAGAACUGUAACAUCUCCACUGACUCUUGAUGAUUUCUAGUCCAUGACUGCUAAAAGUGGAGAAGGAGAACUUGGAAUGGUAUUGAGAACCUCAAGUCCAUGUGCCAGUAGCUCACAGAAACCCUGCGUAAGUGGCAGAAAGAGUACACCUCAAAGCAAUGCCCGUGUCUGCCUCAACAGGUACUAUUUACCCUAUCUGUAGAAGAGUCUGUGAUGGCCAUCUCAUACUCAACAAAAAAAAACAACAUAAAAGCAAGUCAAUCUCAAUCCCAACAAAAUGUACAAGAGUGAGAAAAUUUUCUUAAAUAAUCUUAAAAGGUCCUUAUAUUCUUUAUCUUCAUUCAUAUUGGUUAAUUAUCAUCUCCCUUAGGAUAUCUGUUUGUUUCAGUUUCAAAGUGGUAGAUGAUGAGAUCUGGACUCUGAGUGGGUAAGAUAAAAAUUGAAAACUAAAAACUCCAAGCAGCAGAUGCUAUAAAUGAAGUUACUUGUUCAAAGGUAGGAAUGUAAUUUAAGUUUCCACUUUAGGUGAAACCAUGCCAUUUCCAACUAUGGCAUGACAGUGAAGGUUUUGUGCAACCUUUUUGUUGCAUCAAUUAGUUCCAUAAACUCAGCAAAAGUUUCACUGAGUGAUUGUUUUGAUAUGUAUGUAUGUUUCGGAAAAGCAUGAAUCUAGAUUUGGAAAGUAAUGUGGAUUGUCAAUUUAUGUCAUCUUCCUAAUAACUGCCCUGUUCACUGCUAAUGGACAUGGAGCAAAUUAAUUCCAACUUUUAAAAUGACCACUUAUCGUGAGAGCAUUAUUCUGUUAUUUUUCACGUUUCUUAUCCCUCUCUCUCCACCCAAAGUUGGCACUGAAUAUUCUGUAACCAACAUAAAAGGUGUACAAAUAAGUUUCCAGUUCACAUCCAAUGCAGCAACAACUGAAGUUGCAAAGUUUUAGUAUUUCCAUCCCUUUGCCCUCACUUUCCUGUCAUCUUUUUAACCAUAAAACUCACACAGUGGAAAAACAUUAGAUAUAUUUUACUUGCUCUAUAGCAUCAAAUAUUUGCCAUGGUAACAAUGCCACCGACUUUUUGAUAUAAACAUGAAAUCCUUAGUGCUUUUUGAUCCUAAUUUAUUCUGAAGUUUCUGUGCUUAGACGAACCUCUUGACUGACCUGCCUGUUAUUGAUUGUAACUGUUCUAUUAAACACUAUGACUGCUUUUUAUAGAUGUGUUCUGUAAGAUCCAAGUAUCAUAUACUUGUGAGUUGCUGUCUGCCGUGACUCUUUACUGGUCUGUUCUAUAAAUAGAGCUAAGCGUAUGUCUUGUGUACUGCAGUUAAUGCACUUAAAUGUGUGGUACUUACUGAGACUGGGGCUAACCCAGACUUCUCCUUUGAGAAAUGAUUACAGUUUUAUGUGCAAGGGAUGUUUACUGAGAAGUUGAGAGCUUAAUAAUGUACAAAUAUACAAUAACCAAACCUUAAAGAAGUGCACCGUGACUCCUUUGCAAUGACAAGUGUUGUACAAUUUUAAAAGAACUUCUCCUGAAUGCCCUUGCCUCAGAAAGCUGCAUUCUAUGUAGUUUACAGCCGUGUAAGCGUUUAGAGGAUGUGUUCUGACUGUCAGUGGUAUAAAACCAAAUGAACAGUUCAGUUUUACAUGGUAUGUCGACUUAUCCAGUCAAAAGAAAUGUGUGAGGAAUCAGAAAUGUGUGUCAGUUUAUUCAAUAGAUAGGAUCUUCAUUUGGUUGUUCCUUCUGAAACUUAGUUCAGGUGCAUUGAAGUGCUUCUGCUAACAUUCUCUUCUAUUCCAUGACUAAUUAUGAAGGAGGAAAGCUUCAAAAUAAUUUAUUUGGAAGUUUGCAACUUUGAUAAGUUUGUGCAUUUACUUUGAAAGCAUUUAAAAUGAACGCAGUAACAAGAAAUUCUCUAUCAUGUCUUGGAUACUGAUAUAUUUCAAGCCCAGGAUUCAUAAAGAUUUAACCUUUCCAAUUACAUUGUAACUGUAUUCAUCUUAAAACUGUUGGGGUAUAUGUCCAAUCGAACUGUCAAAUGAAGUUGCUCCUAAUUCUGUAAUCUUUUAAAUAAUAACUAUAAAUAAUAGUGGAUUGUUACAAAACAGAUUCUAAGAAAAAUGUUCAGUUUGUUUGGUGUCUGCCUUUCCUCUUAUUGUUUAAAUGUGGCUUCAGUAUAAACAGCAGCUUGGGUCAUCUGUUUCAGCAAUUGAUCAUUAAACCUUACUUAAAGCUGUAAUGAAUCAUCUCAGUUUGUUUACUUCUUUAACUUGACUCUGAUUACUCCCAUUCCCUUUUCUUUUGAAGGUCUUGAAUAUGGUUGCAUGGAAGCCAGUGUCCUCCAGUACUAGACCCAUGUAUGUAUUAUUCCUCUUUGAGCCUCAAUUGGACCACUGUUAUAGCCAAACCCAAUCGUGACCUCACAGCAGGAGGUCACUAGAAUAGUAUUUCAGCAGUGAAUACCAUGGCUGAUUGACCUCUAUCCAUCAUUUCUUCCAGCCUAGAAAUACCCUAUCACCACGUGAUUCUAGGCCUACACUGCUUGUCAAAUGAGGUUUUAGCACAGAAAGAUGCCCUUUAUUCCAGUAAAUGCUGGCUCCUUUCAAUUCCAUUUACGGUUCUUUCCCUCUGACGCUGCAGACUGUUUCCUGAACUGCUUAUUUAGUUCCCUAUUAAAAGUCAUCUUUCUAUCAUGCUUGCCAAACAGUGAACUUCACAUCAUAAUCACUGAGAUUAAAAAAAAGUUUUCUUUAAUUCACCUCUUGUACCUUUUGUUCAUAACUUUAGAUCUGUUUUUGGUGGCUAUUGAGCCAUCUGCUAGUGGGGACAGCUUUUCUGUAUUUCCUUUUGCUAAAGCAGUAAUGACCUUGUACAUUUCAAUCACAUCUUCACUCAACCUUCAGCGGGUCAGGCAGUAUUUGUGGAAGGAGAAGCAGUUAAUGCUUCAGGUCAAGGGCACUACCUUGGAAAUGAUUAGCUAUUGUGAUAAAGUACCCUGGUCCUGAAACAUUAACUGUUUCUCUUUCCACAAAUGCUCCUCGUUCUGCUGAACAUUUUCACCAUUUGCUGCCUUUAUUUCAGAUUUUUAAUAUCUGCAGUUUUCUGAUUUCAUUUUUCCUCCACUCAACAUUCCUUGCUGCAGGGCAAAAAGCCCCAGCUUUUCCAGUCUAAACAUGUCUGGAAUCCCUCAACAGAAGAAGUGUUCAAGUUGGAUUUUUCUGCGUACUUUGUAGAACCUUCAUGUUUUUCUUAAUGUGAGAUGUUCAGAAUUGAAUACAAUAUUUGUGGCCUAACCAAUGUUACAUAAGCAUAGAAAGGUACAGUCCAGUACAGGCCUUUAAAUUCAUGAUGUGCCAAUCAAUAUAAAAUUACUCCAUGAUCAGUCUAACACUCCUUCAACCCAUCCCUGCUACUUAGUCCGUAACAAUUUUACUUCUACGUGCCUAGUCUUUUAAAUGUCACUAUUGUAUCAUCCUUUACCACCACCCCUGGCAGUGCAUUCCAGGCACCCACCACUCUGUACAAAGAAACCUACUUCUGACAUCUUCCCUAAACUUUCCUUCACUCACCUGAAACUGAUGUCCUCUGCUAUUGGCCAUUGCUGCCUUGUGACAGGAGGAAACUGGAGGUCCAUAAGCCAGUAUUCAUCAGGGAUCAAAGAUAGAGAAGGUCAGCAGCUUUAAAUUCCUCAGUGUUAUUAUUUCAGAGGAUCUGUCCUGGGUCCAGCAUGUAAGUGCCACUAGGAAGAAAGUAUGGCAGCGUCUCUAGUUCCUUAGAAGUUUGCAAAGAUUCAGCGUGUCAGCUAAAACUAUGACAAACUUUUAUAGAUGUGUGGUGGAGAGUGUGUGACUGGCUGCAUCAUGGCUUGCUGUGGAAAUACUAAUGCCCUUGAAUGGAAACCCUACAAAAAUUAGUGGAUAUGGCCCAGUACAGCACAGGUAAAGCCCUCACCACCAGUGAGCACAUCUACAUGGAGUGCUCUCGCUGGAAAGCAGUAUCCAUGAUGAAGGACCCUUACCACACAGGACAUGCUCACUUCUCAUUGGUGCCUUCAGGAAGAAGGUACAGCAGCCUCAGGACCAACAUCACUUGGUUCAGGAACAGUUAUUUCCCCUCAACCAUCAGGCCAGAACCAGAAGGGAUAAUUUCUUUCAACUUCACUCGCCCCAUCACUGAACUAUUCUCACAGCUAUACACUCAUUUUCAAGGAUUCUUCUCAUAUUCUUGAUAUUUAUUGCUUAUUUUACAGUACUGUGCAAAAGUGUUAAGCACAUAUAUAGAUGGGAUGCCUAAGACUUUGCACUGUACUGUAUUUGUCAACAUGGAGCGGACAGCGGUUUGUAAAUCUGGUGGGAACAAAGGAUGUUGGGAGUAUUGAGGGUGGAGUUCCGUGGGAGGGAGUGUGAGACAAGUGACAGAGGAAGAGUACAUGGGAUGGGGGCUGGCAUGGGUGCAGACACACCCAGCCAUGAAAACCAGCCAAGGUAAUUUGAUUCCAAAUGAUUGGUUUAUCAUUACAGAAGGUUCUCUGCUGCUUCCAGUUCACUCCCCUCUCCCUUCCCCUUUUCCCAACUAUGAUUCCCCUCUCCCUACCCCUUUCCCACUCUCAGUCCACGAUAGAUCCAUAUAAGAAUCAGGUUUAUCACCACUCACUCGUGAAAUUGGUUCCUUUUUUGCGGCAGCAGUACAGUGCAAAACAUAAAAUUACUACUGUACUGUGCAAAAGUCUUAGGUACCCUAACUAUAUAUACAUUAUGUGCCUAAGACCUUUGCACUUUAUAUAUUUUUUUGUAUUCGUAUAGUUUGUUGUCUUUUGCACAUUGGUUGCUUGUCCAUAAUGAUUCUAUUGUGUUUGUUGGACUUACCGUGCCCGUCCGCAAGAAAAUGAAUCUCAGAGUUGUAUAGGGUAAUGUAUAUGUACUUUGA